GGCGAUCAGCUGAGCUCGCCGGUCCCCUUGCGGAGGAGGCUCGCGCGGUCCCUUCGGUUUCCCGGUCCAGGAGAACAGUUAAGAUGGAUUUCUCCAAGCUUCCAAAAAUCCGUGAUGAAGAACAAGAGAGCGCGUUCGGCUACGUCCAUGGAGUCUCAGGACCUGUGGUCACUGCCUGCUACAUGUCGGGUGCAGCGAUGUACGAGCUGGUCCGAGUUGGCCACAGCGAACUGGUGGGAGAGAUUAUCCGGCUGGAGGGCGACAUGGCGACUAUUCAGGUGUACGAAGAAACCUCUGGCGUUUCUGUAGGAGACCCCGUCCUGCGUACUGGCAAACCUCUGUCGGUGGAGCUGGGGCCCGGCAUCAUGGGAGCCAUUUUUGAUGGCAUCCAGAGGCCCCUGUCGGACAUCAGCGCUCUGACCCAAAGCAUCUACAUCCCCAGAGGAGUAAACGUGACGGCUCUCAGCAGAGACCUCAAAUGGGAUUUUGCGCCUCUCAAAAACCUGCGGGUUGGCAGUCAUAUCACCGGUGGAGAUAUUUAUGGCCUCGUAAAUGAAAACUCUCUCAUCAAACACAAGAUCAUGCUGCCUCCGCGGAACAGGGGCACAGUGACAUACAUUGCUCCGCCUGGGAACUACGAUGCAUCUGAUGUCGUGCUGGAGCUAGAAUUUGAGGGUGUGAAGGAGAAGUUCACGAUGGUCCAGGUGUGGCCCGUACGGCAGGUGCGUCCCGUCACUGAGAAGCUACCUGCNNUGCAUCCGGCCCUGUCCUUCCCUUUGCCCAGGUGUGUCCAGGGUGGCACGACAGCGAUCCCUGGGGCUUUUGGAUGUGGAAAGACUGUGAUUUCGCAGUCUCUGUCCAAGUAUUCUAACAGUGACGUCAUCAUCUACGUGGGCUGUGGAGAACGAGGAAACGAAAUGUCUGAAGUGCUGAGAGACUUCCCAGAGCUAACGAUGGAAGUUGACGGCAAGGUGGAGAGCAUUAUGAAGAGGACGGCUCUCGUGGCAAACACCUCCAACAUGCCCGUCGCUGCCAGGGAGGCCUCUAUCUACACCGGAAUUACCCUGUCUGAAUAUUUCCGGGACAUGGGCUACCAUGUCAGUAUGAUGGCAGAUUCCACAUCCAGAUGGGCAGAGGCCCUUAGAGAAAUCUCUGGCCGUCUUGCAGAAAUGCCUGCUGACAGCGGUUAUCCAGCCUACCUCGGUUCCCCUGAUAAAACUUUAUCUCCUCCUGGCGGUGACUUCUCCGACCCGGUUACCUCUGCUACGCUGGGCAUCGUUCAGGUGUUCUGGGGCCUGGAUAAGAAGCUUGCCCAGCGUAAGCACUUUCCGUCUGUCAACUGGCUGAUCAGCUACAGCAAGUACACGCGUGCUCUGGACGAGUAUUACGACAAGCACUUCCCAGAGUUUGUCCCCCUGAGGACGAAAUCAAAGGAGAUCCUGCAGGAAGAGGAGGAUCUUGCAGAGAUCGUGCAGCUGGUGGGAAAGGGCUCCUUGGCAGAAACUGACAAGAUCACUCUGGAAGUUGCUAAGCUCAUUAAAGAUGACUUCCUGCAACAGAACGGCUACACCCCAUAUGACAGGUUCUGCCCAUUUUACAAGACCGUGGGGAUCCUGUCCAAUAUGAUCGCCUUCUACGACAUGGCACGCCGAGCAGUGGAGACCACGGCCCAGAGCGACAACAGGAUCACCUGGUCCAUCAUCCGGGAGAACAUGAGUGAAAUCCUCUACCGACUCUCCUCUAUGAAAUUCAAGGACCCGGUGAAAGACGGAGAGGCAAAGAUCAAGGCAGACUACGCCCAGCUCUUUGAAGACAUGCAGAAUGCGUUCCGUAGUCUGGAAGACUAGAGCCGUGACUCUUUCCGCGGGCCCCACUUUUGACUGUGGUCUUGCAUCU